AUGGUCCCAUUCGAGCGUAACAUGCGGUUUGUCGGCCGGGAGAGUGAACUCCGACAAGUGGAGGACAUGAUGUCUCACCCAGACGGGCCAGCAAAGAUCGCCAUUGCGGGGUUAGGAGGAGUUGGGAAGACACAAAUUGCGCUUGAAUUGGCUUACCGAAUGCGAGAUAGAGAGUCAGGCUGUUCGAUCUUCUGGAUCCCAUGCACCAGCUACGAGGCCGUUGAACAGGCCUGCUUGACUAUCGCUGAAAUGCUUGGGAUCCAGGUCGCAAAACCAACAGAGGUAAAACAGCAGCUGAAGACGUACUUCCAACAAUCCAGCACAAAGUGGCUUCUUAUAUUCGACAAUGCCGACGAUACGGACAUGUGGACCAAUAGCACGGACAAUAACCCCCCACUAAGAGACUACAUUCCAUCCAGCAAGCAGGGCCAUGUCGUCUUCACCUCCCGAAAUAGAGAGCUAGCCGUCGACUUGGUAUCUUCCGACAUCGUAGAUGUUCGUCAACUCGACGAAAGGUCGGGGGUGGAAUUUCUGAAAAAGUCUCUUCUCAGGAAUUUACCUCAUGACCAUCAGACCAUGAUCGAAUUGCUUGAACAACUCGAAUUUCUCCCACUAGCCAUCAGCCAGGCUACGGCGUAUAUCAACAAGAAGGGCAUUACAGUCUCUGACUACUUAGUCCUUCUACAGGAACAGGAGACAGAUGUCGUUGAGCUCUUAAGCAAAGACUUUAUGGAUGAGCGGCGGUAUAAGGACGCGCAGAAUCCUGUAGCCAAGACCUGGCUGGUGUCGUUCAGCCAGAUUGAGAAGUUGAACGGACUCGCUGCUGAAUACCUACAAUUCAUGGCAUGUGUCAAUCCGCGCGAUAUCCCGCAAUCGCUUCUCCCAACGGCGUCUAAGCUGCAGACGAUCGACGCUCUUGGUCUUCUCAGCGCGUACUCUCUAAUUACCAUGAAUCCUGGCAAUCGUAAUAUCACCCUACAUCGCUUGGUGCAUCUGGCAACCCGAAACUGGCUGCGAAAGGAGGGUCGAUACGAGGUGUAUCUCACAAAGACAGCCGUCAGAUUGACCAAUCUCUUCCCGAGUAAUAAGCAUGAGAACCGCCAGGUUUGGAGGGCGUAUCUACCUCACGCGUUGUUCUUGCUGGCCGAUAGCACAUUUCAGACUGAGCGUGAGAAUUAUACCGAGAUCAUCAAGAAUGUGGCUGCGUCCAUGUGUCGUGAGGGGAGGUAUGCCGAAGCAGAAAGGCUGCAGGUCCAGGUUUUGGAGAUUCGGACACGGAUACUAGGGCCAGAAAAUAUCUCCACUUUGACCAGCAUGAACCACUUGGUGUCCAACUAUAUGUUGCAGUUCAAAUGGAAGAAAGCGGAAGAGCUGGAAACUCAAGCACUCGAGGUCCGGAAAGAAGUUCUAGGGUUGGAGCACCCUGCUACUUUGGUCAGCAUGGUCAACCUCGCCACAAUACACUACAGCCAAGGACGAUGGAGGCCAGCGGUAGAGCUUGUGUCCCAAGCACUCGAGACACAGAAGAGGGUCCUAGGGUCAGAGCACGAGGAAACCUUGAUCACCAUGUCCCACCUCAUACCGCUUUACCAGCAACAAGGACAAUGGAAGGAAGCAGAGGAACUCGCUGCGCACGUUCUAGAGAUCCGAAAGCGAGUACUGGGUCCAGAACAUCCCGAUACUCUCGAUAGUAUGGGCCUUCUCGCCGGUACAUGCCAGUUUCAGUCGAAAUGGAACGAAGCAGAACAGGUAGAGCUUCAGGCAUUGAACAUCAGAAAGAGGGUGCUUGGGCCAGGAAGUCCGGAUACGCUAAACAGCAUGGUCAGCCUUGCACUGACCUACCACUAUCAACAGCGAUGGGAGGAAGCAGAAAAGCUAGGAGUCCAGGUGCUAGAGGCUCAGAAACAGCUCCUUGGCCCGGCACAUCCCGGUACUCUCCAUAGCAUGCAUACUCUGGCCCGUACUCUUAAACAUAUGGGAAAGACUUCACAAGCCAUAGCCCUUAUGCAAACAUGUGCAGAGCGUCGCCUGGAGGUCCUCGGUUCAGAUCACCCAGACGCCAUAUCUUCAGUCACGAUGCUUGAUGAAUGGAAGGAAUCAAAAGAGCAGACUCAACACGCCUCGAAGGACUCUUCGCGAGGGAAUGUAGAGCCGAAGUUUCGCAAACUGCGAGGUUUUAUGGGUGUAUUUCGAAGGUGA